CAUGACGAGACAUUACGAGACGUGCGACUUCUUCCGGCCUGACUUCCUGGUUGAAAUGAAGUAGACAGGAGUUUUGAAGUUAUUUUUCGAUGGGAUUCCUCCCAAAUAUAACUUUAUUUAUAAGGAAGAGUUAACACAGGCCACGCCACCUCAGCAAUUCGAUGAGAGAAAGUUUCAAAAGAUAGCAGAACCAUGGGUCAGUGCCUGAGUGACUCUGACCGCCCUCCGACUCGCCAACCACCUCCGGCCAAUGAAGUCAUUGACAGUCAGCAGGUGUCCCUACAUGUCAACGAUGUCAAUGUGGCUAUAAGUAGUACGAGUCCAGUUCGUCCCCUGCCACCCCCUCCUCCCGCCAGAGGCUAUUUCCAACAAUCAAGAGAGUCUAACACUGUGCGAGCUCUGUACGACUUUGAUGCCAUCAACGAUGAUGACCUCUCCUUUAAGAAAGGUGAUCGGUUGGAGGUGGAGGAAUCCAGUCAAAACUGUGACUGGUGGAUGGCCCGUCACCUGACUUCAGGUCUGACAGGUUACAUACCCAGUAACUAUGUGUGUAAAGAUGACAACACGCCACAAGCACAGGAUUGGUGGUAUAACGUGGACAGAAAGGAGGGCGAGAAGCAACUCAUGUUGCCAGGCAAUGCCACAGGAACUUUCCUCGUCCGCGAGUCGGCAGACAAGGCAUCAUAUGUGUUGUCAAUCCGUGACCAUGACCCCAAGACAGCUGAUGCCUGUGUGAAACACUACAGGAUCCGUAAGAUGGACAAUGGCGGAUUCUACAUUAGUCCACGGCGAACUUUUAAGAGCAUGCUGCAACUCAUUGCUCACUACCAAUCUGUGGGCGACGGACUGUGUUGUCAGCUUGGUGAAGCAUGUCCAAAGAUCCGCCCCAUGGUGCAAUUCCGUGAGCUGGAGGUCUCUAGAGAGUCAGUCAAACUCAUCAAAAAGCUUGGAAGUGGCUGCUUCGGUGAUGUCCACGCAGGAAGAUGGAGGAACACAGUGGAUGUUGCUGUAAAGACACUAAAGCCAGGUGCCAUGACACCUGCCGAUUUUCUUCAGGAGGCCAAACUUAUGCACAAAUUGCGACACCGUAAGCUGGUCCAGCUGCUGGCUGUUUGCUCCGCAACAGAGCCCCUGUGGAUCAUCACAGAGCUUAUGGUCAAUGGAGCGCUGCUCGACUAUCUCAGGAAGGAUGAGGGCAAACAUAUAGGAUUUCCAAUCCUAGUGGACAUUUCUGCACAAAUUGCUGAUGGUAUGGCGUACCUCGAGAGGGAAAACUUUGUUCACAGAGAUCUACGAGCUGCCAAUAUUCUAGUGGGCGAGAGUAACGAAGUGAAAGUGGCCGACUUUGGACUUGCCAGGCUCAUACAGGAAGAUAUCUAUGAAGCUCAAGAACAUACAAAGUUCCCCAUCAAGUGGACCGCUCCAGAAGCUGCUUUUGACAGAAAGUUCAGCAUCAAGUCUGAUGUGUGGUCUUUUGGAGUCCUUCUUUACGAAAUCCUCACAUUUGGACGAGUGCCUUAUCCAGGAAUGAAUGGUCAUGAAGUGCUGAGUAAAGUGGAGAAGGGCUACAGGAUGCCUAAGAUGACUGGGGGACCGGUGCCCUGCCCAGAUCCUUACUACGAAAUCAUGCUCAGUUGCUGGAAGCGAAACCCGGAAACCAGACCCACUUUUGUGUAUCUACAGGACUUCUUUGAUAACUUCUUUGUAUCAGCAGAAACGCCCUACAAGGAAUCUGGAGAUAUGUAGAUCACUUGAAAAGUCUGAUCACAAAGAAAAAAACAUACGCCAUUAUUGUGAACCAAGUUAUUGCAUUCCUUACAGCUGAGAAAGUGACACGAAAGAAAACAAUCUAAGUCACAGUUUAUAUUUCCCAUUAUCUGAUUGUGUUGAGUUCCCAGUAUGUGGGGGAAAUGCUUAAGUCAUUGUGAUAUCUUACCAGGUUGUAGAUCCUUUGGUAUGUUGAUAGGGUCAGCAGAACACACCCAAAAGUUCUUAAAUCGUUUCUAGAGAAAAAUGGUUGGAAGAAGUUUGUCAGAAAAUUCAAUUUGCAGUAGAAAUAGUCUUUUUUUUUAAACCAACAUAUUAAACAGAAAUAGCUUGGUAUAAAAAAAAAGUCGAAUCAAAUUCAGAUUUUAGAUCAAUUCAUCUGUAUAUAAAGAACACAUUUCAUGAUAAAACAUUUGGUCCCAAUGACGCUAAAGAGAUUUUACAAUGUACAAAAUUUAACUGCACAGCAGUACUUGUGUUGUUCAUACAGUAAUAUCUUCAACAGGCACGUUUUGACCAUAUCUGUUAUUUGUAAGAACUCAUUGACUCUAAAAGGUGGUUGUGCCACGGCUCCUGUAGUUUUGUCGCUAUAUCGAUAAGUUCAUGUUAAAAAAUAUGUACAACAACUGGAAAGUCUAUUUAAUUUUACUUUUUUUUUCAGUUAAAAUUAUUGAGAUUUAAUCUGCACGCAUUAUUUCUUUUUCUUAAGUUCCAUUGAAUAGUUUGCAAUGUUAAUUGAAUUUAAGAAGAAAUUUUGUAAAGGUUUACAUAGUGAAUUUAUUCUGUGCUUCUAUUGAAGACAAAUUGUAAAUUGACAUUAACGAAAUCAAGGAUAACAGUCCUCACCUUGCAAUAUAUAAAGUAGAACAAAGAUUAUCGUACAUUUAAUGUGUUGUUAUGAUGUGGACACACAUAGGUGGAAGUGUGUUUUUGUGACAUUUGAGAAAUGUGAAGUUUUUUAUAACAAUAUAUAUCGCAUUAAUGAGUUUUAUACAUCAUCAUGUAUUAUAAAUAUAGAUCAGAUUUGAUUUCAUUUUAACAGCUUUUUAAUUUUGUACUAUGAUUCAGUCAAAUUAUCAUAUUCAUAUUGAUAUUCCUUAGUCUUUACACUCAUGUGAUCUUCUGAGUAAUCAACUAACUGAUCACAACACCACAGUCCAUCAGUGUGAUACACACGUUGCUCGUAUCAUUUUAAUGGUAUGACUUUGAUAUCUCACUAGAAACGAUGGAUGAUGGCAUGAGAUUUGUUUUCCUCUAAAUUCUGUGUAUACAUAAAGGAAUAAUAAGAAUCUUACACUCUGUGUUUCCUCUGGAGCUGACAUUGUCAGGCAUAUGACACUGUUCCUAUUGCUGGUUGCAUACAUAUUCAUUUAUUAAUUAAGUGUACAUUGCUCAAUUUACUUUGAGCUUAAAAAAAUCAAAUCUGAAAAAGCAAAAUACAAUUAUUAUUUUUUUCCAUAAUGUCGUCUGUUCCUUCAUUCAGCAUUAAAUAAGUUUGAAACAAGAUCAAACCCGAUAAAAUACAGCACGUACUUGAUACCAUCAUGUUCCAAAGAAUCCUAUUAUGUGUAUACUGCAAUUCAUUUUUAAUAGUGAAAUUUUCCAUCAAGAUUUUUUGUUUAGAUUAUUAGCAACGUAUGAAAUGUUUCAAUGAAAAUAACAUUAUAAUUUGAGUACUGUACAACGAAUUUACAUGAUAAUUUUGACAUAAAAAACUCUAGAUUUUAUUUUUGAAUUUUAAUCAACAUUCCAACAUUACAUCUUACAGUUAUUUAUUAGAUGUCCAUUUCACUAUGUAAAUUCUUCACUUCUGCCAUUUCGUUGUUGAAGAAGUUAUGUUUGAACAAGUGCUUCCAGUAUAUUAUUGUAUUUCUGUAGUCAGUGUAUUAUGCAGAGUCACUGGUCAUUAAGAAUCUUAUGCAAAGUUUUUUUCAAUUGGUUAUGUAGUCUUUUGUGUUUUGAAUAUUUUACAUUCCAGUUUAAAUAUUCCUCAAGUUACUUUGUCAUGGAGACUUAACAGAUCGAAAACUUAAACUAGAAUUCUUAAAAAGUAUGUGAGUAUAUGCCCAGGUAGUCACUUUGUGUGAUUGUCAGCACUUGAUAUUUAUUUUGGAGAAACACAGUAGUGCAAAAGUAGUGCACAGUAGUUGUAUUUACUGGUAACAAAGCAUAUUUUAGACAGAAAGUAUAUGCUGGUAUCAUUUCACUACAAACAUUUCAAUUUUGUACAUAUUAUACACCUACACAUGUACAAUGAUAAUUUUAUUGCAAACAAAUCAUGUAGAUUCUCAUUGCCAACUGUUUGCUGAGAUUUUCUCUCUGACAAGAAAUUUUUAGCGAUUUACACUGAAUUAUUUUUGUUUACAGGUCACGUAGCGAUAACACGGUUUAGUUUGCCGGUCAAAAUAUUUGUCUUAUUUGUAGUUAAAAUGUAUUUCCUGUAGUGAAUUGAGAAAUGUUGGUUCAUAAUAUUUUAAUAUUUGUUGCAUUGGGUAUUUCCAAGGUGAUGUAUAAAGCUAAAGGUUUCACUUCAAAUCUUUUAUAUUUAAAGUGAAUUUUUGGGAAAAAGAUCAGUUUAACAUUGAAAUUUAAAGAUUAUACUUGAGAAAUUUAUUGAAUUCAGGUGAAUAAGGUUGAGAGAAAUUUAUUGAAUUCAGGUGAAUAAGGUUGAUAUAUGUGACUUCAGAUAAACUUUUGUGUCCCAUUAUACACAGAUACUGUAUAUGCAAAUUGCAUUUACAAAAUUUUAUACACAUCUUUAAUAUGUUUGGAAAAAAUCCUAUAAGAUAUUAUGAAGUUUCUUUUAACUCAUGCACCCGUAAAAUUUCCUAAUGAACUAUUCCAACCUUUGAUUUGGAAGAGUUCAAAUGUGUCUUCAGGGGUGAAUGAGUUAAUGUAAAUUCCUUUGUACAACAUUGUGAUUUAAGUUUGUACACUAUAUUGUUUAGGGCCAUAUCGUCUUUCACUUCUACACUUGCCCACUUGUUUACACGCCCCUUUGCCAUUUGUAUAUAUUAUAUGGACAUUCCUAAAUGAUCUUUACUUUCACAUAUCAUGGGCUGUUUAAGGACCAAGUGAAUCCUUUCUUUAUAUUUAUUUCCUAAAAACUAAUUCUAUGUAUGUUGUGUGUUACUUACGAGAUAAGUACAUGUAAUUAUGAUGUUUCAUCCUCUAUAUAAAUUCAUCUGUUGCUUUUUUAAAUAUAAAAAAUUAUAUACGAGAACACUCGAUGUAAUUGAUUCAUGUGAUAUAUAAAAUGCAUGCACGUUUCAUUAUUUUAAAACCAUGAGCAAAUUGUUUGUGAUGGAAUUGCUUCUUUUAAGUGGUGGAAAUAAUUAAUUUACUAAAUAAUAAAUGCUGUAGAUCACUGAUAUAAGCAAGCUGAUCUACUCUCACACAUUCCUCCGAAUACAAAAUACUGCAUUAAAUGCGAGCUUUGAAAAAUCAUACAUGAAAUAUUAUCUUGCAGGGGAAAAAAAGGAUGAAAGAUAUAUUCUCAUUACGAAUAUACCCACAUUUACAGAUAUUGAUUAGCCUCAUAAAAGCUUUGCUAAUAGGUACUAAUUUCCUUUCACUCUCAGCAAUUUGUCCAAAUUAUUUUUGUACCAUCUCUUUACCGAUGGGGGGAUAUCUAUGGUUAUUGUUUCAUAAUGAGGUACACUGUGGUGCUAAUGGGGAAGGAGAUUAACCUAGUAUGGUUUUAAAACUGAUUUUGCAAAGGAGUGCUGAACUAUCCCCUGGCAGAAUAAUAUAUAUUUAAGGAUCCCUGUCCAAAUGCAGUUAUUUUUCCUAUACACAGUGACCUCCCCUUACCUUCCUUUUGUCUAUAAUUGCACAACAGUUCGUACACCCACAAACAAUCUAGCUGUCACAUCGUUAUUAUUUCAUGCAACAUUACAUUUUGUAUAUGUCCAUUUCACCCUUGAUAUUCAUGAGAAAAGUCUAAUAAGAUAGCUUUUAUCACUUGCUGUUCUCCCCUAAAUGUUGGUUGACAGGUCUGUUUGAGAAACAGAACAUCAAACUGCAGUUCCUUAUAAAUUAUUAUCAACUGGCUAUUUGUACUUAAUACUAUUUAUCCAAAAUUAGAUCAAUUUAACAAAAAGAAAAUACUGUCUGAAAUAUUUUCGUUUUGUCAAUUUUUUGUAUUUAAUGAUAACGAGUCCUGGUGAUUCGAGGAUUUUCCUGUAACCAUAGCAACCAAUUACGUGUUCAUUCCAGGUCAGGGUUGUAAAUAAAAAAAAUACCAGAUAUCUUUUAGGAUUAGUUGUCAUGCAGCGUACAUUUUGAUUACAAGUCAAAACUUGAAAUGAUGUUGCUAAUCAAUAGGUUGCUAAUCAGUAGGUUGAACGUAACUUUAUUUUUGUAUACAAUAUAUUAUAUAAUUAAAAAGUUUUAUAUGGUGUUUGUGUAUUUGUAAAUUCUCGGAUAAUCCGCCAUUUGUAAAUACAGGUAACAAAUAAUAAAGGAAUAUUAUGGUU